AUGAAGUUCACCUUCGCAUUUCUCACGCUCCUUACUGGAAAUACUUUUGUCAAUGCUUUUCCUGCUUUCAAUCCAAGAAAUCUUGAGGGGCUUACACCCGACAGACUGACUGCAGUUCUCCAAAAAGUGGACGAGCUCAGGAACGCUAGGGAUUCCCUCUUCGACGCGAAGAAGCCCCUUGAUAUCACCGGAAAGCAUGCCUUCCAGCCUCCCCGUGAUACUGAUAAGCGCGGUCCUUGUCCUGGGCUGAACGUUUUGGCAAACCACGGAUUUAUUUCUCGCGAUGGCAUCACCAGCUUCGCAGAAGUUGUUACAGCUGUCAAUCAAGUGAUGGGUAUGGGCAUAGAGCUCUCUCUCAUACUCGGUAUCAUGGGUACUGUCUGGACAGGCAACCCGCUAUCCCUGGACCCCAGUUUCUCCAUUGGAGGUAAACCUGGGCCGGAAGCACAAAACCUCCUUGGAAACGUCCUUGGUCUUGUCGGUCCUCCUCGGGGUCUGGAUGGUUCCCAUAAUUGGCUCGAGGCGGACGCGUCCCUUACGCGCAAUGACUUGUACCUCACGGGCAAUGCCUGGACAAUGAACAUGACGCUCUUCCGUGAUUUCCACGAUCGCGCUGAUGAGAAUGGUGUUCUCUCCAUGGAUGCAAUCAGCGACCAGGCCGCUCGCCGUUGGAACGACAGCGUCAAUACCAACCCGCAAUUUUGGUACGGGCCCAUCACUGGCAUGAUUAGCCGUAACUCCGGAAUUCUCUUCCUCGGCCGCCUGCUAGCAAACCACCCCCCGGAACAUCCCACCGGCAUCCUCACUCAAGAGAUCUUCCGGAAGUUUUUCGCUGUCUACGAGAAGGAAGAUGGAAGCUUCGAAUACCGUGAGGGUCAUGAAACCUUCCCCAGCAACUGGUAUCGCACACCACUAGAGUAUGGUCUGGUUCCGCUUAACUUGGACCUAGUUUCAUGGUGGUUGAGGAAUCCGGUCCUUGCCAGCAUCGGCGGCAAUACCGGUACUGUUAAUUCAUUCACUGGUCUGGACCUCCACAACAUCACUGGCGGCAUAUUGAACACAGCAACCCUCCUCGAGAAGAACAACCUCCUUUGCUUUCUUUUCGAGUUGCUCAAGUCGUUCAUGCCCAAUUCACUCUCUCCACUUAUGAAGAGUCUUGAGCUUCCGAUCAAACUGGUCACCGACAUCCUUGAGACGCCCCUCCUGAGCCUCGCUUGCCCUGCAUGGAAAGAUCUUACCGAAGGCGGUGAGCCGCUGUGGGAUGUUAUCCAACAUACGUACCCCGGCCCGAAGCAGUUCGGAUCCAGCUUGUAAACCCAUAGGCAAGGCCAGAAUCCUGGAGAACAACCGGUGGAGGCACAGACAGGCGAGAAGGAAUGUACCACAGUAGUACGUAAUUUAUCAUUUACAUUC